UAUCAGUUGUUUUUCUGUUUUUUUUUUUCUUUUUCUUUUCUCGCUCUCUCUGCUUUGAAAAGUAAUCUGGACCGCGAACAAAGCUUUUCGUUUCUGGUUCGUUGCCGCCUUGCACGUUCCUUCUACUUGCUUCUCGCUGUCUCUCUCCCUCCCAUCUUAUCCCAUAGCCGUAACCCUAAACCUAAAUUUAUCUCUCUUCCUCUUAUCUCCGUCGAAUUUCGCUCCGAAUUCGAUUUUCGUAGCAUCACCUGCAGAGAUCUUUUAGAUCCGUAAUAUUGGAAACCCGACCUUUGAUUCCGAAGUUAGUGCUCUCUUCUUCGUUUGAUUCUUAUGAUUCCUCGUAUGAAUUGGUUCUCUUGUAGCUUCGUUAUUCGUGGGUUGAAUUAGAUUUACUAAAUCCAUCUCUUCGGGGUUGUUAUUCCUCGUCGGAAAAUUCGUAAUCACCUGAAAGUUUCUUCCCAAAAUUGGAUUGGAAUCAGAAUUCGAGUUUUUACGGAUUGGAUACGCAAUUCCAGUGGAACCGUGCUUGGAUUUGGAACUGUUCAACGCUUAUCGAAUUCAAAUUCCAAGGCUCAGAUCUAACUUUUCCUAGUCUCAGUGAUGUUCUAUUGAAUGCAAUCGUGUGAUACUGAGCAUUUCCGAAGAUUGAUUCUCGAAUGGAGGAAGAAGGAACAGUUUGUUUGCAGAUGCCAGUGGAAGGAGUCAUGGCGGAAGAAGAGAACUCAUCAACGGGGGAACUGAAGAGAGAGCGUCUUUGUACCGGAGAAUCCAUCGAAGGAGAAGAUUUUCCCAAUAAGAAACAAGCGAAAGAAGCUUCCACGGAUGAUAUCGUAUCGGAGAUUUCAAAUCCCGUCGCUUCUCCGGUAGAAAGCACAUCCCGAUUUCGCGAUGUCUCCAGCCAGCCGGCUAAAUCUGGUUCAGGCGAUCCGGUCGAGUGCGGCGAGGUCACUGGCACUUGCUCCGGCAGUGAUUUCGGCUCCGAGGAGACUAUAAGCGGCGGAGAACGCAGCGGAAACGACGCCUCCGUAGCAGGUAGCCCUCCAACUGAGCACUCGAGUGGUGUGUUAGCAUCUAGCUUUGUGCUGGAGAUUCCGAAGCAUCUUAGCUCCACCGGAAUCAGGAAAAUCACGUUUAAGUUGAGUAAACAAAAGAAGGAUUUUGACGAUUUGCCCGUGACAAAGGACGGUGCGUGGGACGGUGUCGAAGCUCCCGGCGUGUGGGAUUUGAAGUUGCCGAAGAAGUUUGUUUCUAGCAGCUACCCAUCGAAUGUGAAGAAGCUAUUGGCGACGGGUAUUCUCGACGGUGCUCGGGUGAAGUAUAUAUCAACCUCGCCGGUGAGAGAGCUUCAAGGGAUAAUCCACUCGGGUGGGUAUUUGUGUGGCUGUGCGACUUGCAAUUUCUCGAAAGUGUUAAGUCCGUAUGAGUUUGAGAAGCAUGCUGGUGCAAAAACCAGGCAUCCUAAUAAUCACAUAUAUUUGGAGAAUGGAAGGGCGGUGUAUAAUAUAGUUCAAGAACUGAAGACUGCUCCUCGCGAUCUUCUCGAGGAAGUGAUAAGGAAUGUAGCUGGUUCUGCGUUGUGCGAGGAGGGCUUACAAGCUUGGAAAGGUGAUGGCCAGGUUGCUGAGCCUGAUAUGUUCUUCUUUCUUGCAGCAAGUUUACAGCAGAGUAAUAGCAUGUAUGACAGGAGCCAUAUCGUGGAGGAUUCCUAUGCCAGUUAUCUUGGUCCUGAUCCUGGUCAAUCCCUUGUUGAAAGUCAGAGCCUUACUCCAUGCUCUCUGGAGAACCAUUAUUUUCGAGAGAAAACAUAUGCAACGGACACAUUUGAUGAGCCGAAGCGGGUAGCAAAGAAGAAGCUUACUUCUCAUGCAUCUGGUACGGGUUGCCAUAAGAAAGUUACUGAAGGAAGCAAUAGAAAAAGGGACAAUGAUUUACAUCGGUUGCUUUUUAUGCCUAAUGGGCUUCCGGAUGGGACUGAAUUGGCUUACUAUGUGAAAUCACAGAAACUACUACAGGGUUACAAGCAAGGAAGUGGGAUAGUUUGUAGUUGCUGCAGCAGAGAGAUUAGUCCUUCGCAAUUCGAAGCGCAUGCUGGAAUGGCUGGUAGACGACAACCCUAUCGUCAUAUCUAUAUCUCUUCCGGAUUGUCAUUGCAUGAUAUAGCCUUGUCAUUGGCGAGUGGACAUGUCAUUACAACUGGUGACAGUGAUGACAUGUGUUCUAUUUGUGGCGAUGGUGGAGAUUUGCUGCUUUGUGCUGGAUGCCCACAAGCAUUCCAUACAGUUUGUUUGAAAUUUCAGUCUAUGCCUGAAGGUACAUGGUACUGUUCGAGCUGCAACGAUGGACCUAUCUCUAGUAAAAAGGCUACUGCUACUGAUCCUUUUGGCAACUCUAAGCCUAUAGUUAUAAGACUGUCAAGAGUCGUUAAAGCUCCAGAAAGCGAAAUUGGUGGCUGUGUGUUCUGCAGGUCCCAUGAUUUUAGCAUCGGAAAAUUUGAUGAUAGGACUGUUAUUCUGUGUGACCAGUGUGAGAAAGAGUACCAUGUUGGUUGCCUGAGAGAGAAUGGCCUAUGUGAUUUGAAAGAAAUUCCGCAGGAGAAAUGGUUCUGCUGUAACGACUGCAGCAGGAUUCACACGGCACUUCAGAAUUCUGUUUCAUGUGGGCCACAAACGAUUCCUACGCUUUUGUCAGACAUAAUAUGCAGAAAAGACAGAGAAAAUGGAAUAUUUACCGAGAAUGGGGAUACAGUGCAAUGGAGGAUACUUAGUGGGAAAAGUCGAUACCCAGAGCAUCUGCCUUUGCUUGGACGAGCGGCUGUUAUCUUCAGGGAGUGUUUUGAUCCCAUUGUUGCGAAGUCUGGUCGUGAUCUCAUUCCUGUCAUGGUGUAUGGGAGAAAUAUAUCAGGCCAGGAGUUUGGAGGAAUGUACUGUUUGGUCCUGAUUGUAAAUUCUCUGGUUGUUUCUGCUGCGCUGCUGAGAAUUUUUGGUCAGCAAGUUGCUGAACUUCCUAUUGUAGCCACAAGCCGAGAGUACCAAGGAAGGGGUUACUUCCAAGGGCUGUUUGCGUGUGUGGAGAAUCUUCUUUCUUCUCUAAAUGUUGAGAACCUGGUCCUUCCAGCGGCUGAAGAAGCCGAGUCCAUAUGGACUAAUAAGUUUGGCUUUACAAAGAUGACUGAGCAGCAACUGCAGAAUUACCAGAAGGAAGUGCAGCUCACAAUCUUCAAAGGAACCUCAAUGCUGGAGAAGAAAGUAGCAAAGAGUUUAUCAGCUCCCAUCUAAUUUUCGAAAAGAUUCGUCUGGAUUUUGUUUUUUUUUUUUUUUUAAAUAGAUGGUAGGUUGACAAAGGAAUCCCAGAACAAUUCCAUGUUUGUAAAGACGAAAGAGAAGAUAAAAAUAAAUAAAUAUAGAACAGUCAAAAGGAUUUGUAGCCGCUUUAAUCCGAGAAAUCUUUUUUUGAGCGGUUAAAAAGUGGAUGGUGAGUCUGAGGUGGCGUGAUGGCCAAAUUUUGUUACGGAUGCCGAAUUUGAAUAAAACACUAAAUCCUCCUAAUUUUGAAAGUAAGGUUCGUG